AUGAAAAAUCUAACGGCCGAUAAGCCUGAUAAAAGGUUAGCUGUGAUAUGUGAUGCAGUGACAAAGGCUUAUACAGCGGCCAUAGAAUCCAUAAUGGUAUAUAAACGCGUCCAUUAUCAAUUUACUGCUACUAUAUCAACUCCAGAUUCUUUCACGCUUUACUUGAAUGGGUCAAGGGUUCAAGUUUAUGUUCGUACUCUUACCGAUGUAAAACUUGAACAAGAAAAUGAUCCAAAACAACUUCGUUCACUCUCUCCUGGAAAGCUUGUGAGAUUUUUGGUGGAGUCUGGCGAUCAUGUAAAAAGAGGUGAUACUUACGCUGAAAUUGAAGAUUUACAAUUUUAUCAGGUCAAGCAUAUCCUUGAAUGUAUAUUGGAUGGUUACGAUAAUCAAGCAAUGUUACAGAGUAGCGUCAAAGAAUUAAUCGAACUUUUAGAAAAUUCCAAUCUUCCUUAUUUAGAAUCUCAUGCAAUACUUUCAGCACUCCCCGGAAGGAUCCCGGCCAAACUUGAAGCAGCUUUAUUGAGAAUUUCUAAUAAGACGCAUAGUCAACAAUUAGAAUAUCCUGCUAAAUGA